UGUAUGUACUUUGGCGUGUAUACUGUUCACUUUUGGCUGGAUAUCUUUCUGAUAAUAAUGAACGCAGUUGUUGCCAUCUUUGUGCUCAUUGGGCUUUACUACGAUAAUCCGGUGUAUCUCAUUCCAUUUAUUGUCACUGAGAUCGGUCAGUGUGUUGGAUUUUUCUUUCUGGCGUCAUACACGCUGUAUUACACCAUUGUGAUAAAAAGGCAAAGAUUCUAUCAAAAAUUCGACCAAAUUCUAAUGAUUGUCUCCAUCUAUCUUGGUAUUUUGAUAUGUGCACAAGCCACGUGGGUAAUCAACCGAUGUUACCAUUACCUUCGAACAAGGCGACCUCAUCCCAACUGUGACGACAUCGAACAUUCUUUCUGGGGCUGA